AUGGGGGGGCUCUUCCACUCGACCUCUAUCUUCUUGUGUCCCUACUACAACCGCACUAGAGAGGACUCGCAGACGUACGCGCCCGCCCAGCCCACACAGCAACAAAUUGAUGCUAUUCUCCGCCCACUACGUCCAAACUCCCUCCGCCGCUAUGCCGCCGGCUACGAAUCAUGGACAGGUGCCGAGGGCAUGUGGAUCCGCACGAGCUACGACGCGGAAAAUGAAGAAGCCCACCAAACGCUCUGGAACGAAUACGUGGAUAUUUCUCAAGUUAUCGGACCCGACUCGCUAGUCCUCGAGGACGAAGGGUUAUUUGCGAAUGCAGAUAUUGCUCGUGUUCUUGAGCGAUUCCCAGAGCGCGUGACGAACUAUUCGGCGCUAGAGGAUGUCGACUGGCGUGAGAAUACACUGGCAGAUUUCUUACGAAUGCGCGAAGAAGCGGAGGGGCAGACCGCAGGCACACGCGAAAAUGAAUCGUCCUUGCACUCCGAUGAUUUGUGUAAGACGUACUGGACGUAUCACGCUGCUUGUGUGGUGACUCAUGCGUUUAUUGAGGACGCGAAGGCUCAGUGUGGCGGAGGGGUUUUACAUGUGUUUUUAGACGACUGCGGGAACGUGGUUAGGCAGAUGAGGGUGGAUUCGAAUGAGGUUGAUAAUUUUGAUGGGGCUUGGUCUGAAGGGAGUUGGAAGGAUGGCUGGGUUUAUCCUGGAGAGCUUGGGCCGGCCUAUCUUCCUGGGCAUAUGAGAGGGCCUCCAUAUAGGUGA